AAAAAAAAGAUUCGACCUUUCUCUUCUUCUUCUUCCUUCGUCUUCUUAGAUUUCUCAGAAACCCUAAAACUGCAAAUUCAACCUUCGAUUUCACCGUUCUGCUGCUAUUUUUAGUUGUUCGGUGAUGGAAUCUUAGGCUCUGCUUCUUGUCGAUUGUAAUUCCCGAAUUGGGGAUUUAGCUCUCAUCUGAGAUUGAAGAACAAAAAAAAAAUUGGUACUUUUUGGUUUUGAUGGCUUCAGAUCGUGGUUCAGCCGCUGCUGCUGGUAAGCCCUAUUGGAUGAAACAUGCGGAAGAUGCGAAAAUCAAAGACGAAGGUGAGAAAGACGCUGCGGCGAAAGCAGCCUUUGAAGCUACAUUCAGAGGUGUAGACCAAACCACACAUUUGAUUGAAGCUGUUGCACCGUCUUCCGUGGUACAUCAGGAAUCUGAUAGUGAUUCGGAUGAUGAUGAUGAAUCUGAUUACUUGUCGAGGAAACCAAUUGGUCCUGUGGAUCCUAGCAAGUCCACAGCUUCUGGUGCUGGGGUUGGUGGUGGAACGGCUUGUGUGCCUUGUACAUUUGUUGUUGUCACAAAGGAUUCAGAUGGAAGGAAGGUUCCUAAUGGUGGAGCUUUGAUUAGAGUUAAAGUGUCUCCUGGUGUUGGUGUUGGUGGUACUGAUCAACAAGGAGUGGUUAAAGAUGUUGGAGAUGGGAGUUAUGCUGUUACUUAUGUUGUGCCUAAGAGAGGAAACUAUAUGGUUAAUAUUGAAUGCAAUGGGAGUGCCAUCAUGGGAAGUCCCUUUCCUGUCUUCUUUAGCCAAGGGUCUUCUUCCACUGGACUGAUGGGUUCUGCUCCAGCUUCAUACUCGAAUCUUAUAAAUCAAACCAUGCCAAACAUGCCAAAUUACACAGGUUCUGUUUCGGGUGCUUUCCCGGGGUUGUUGGGAAUGGUUCCAGGCAUUUCCUCUGGUCCUUCAGGUGGUGCUAUUUUGCCUGGAGUUGGAGCUUCCCUUGGGGAAGUCUGUCGGGAAUAUCUUAAUGGUAGAUGUGUGAACACUACUAUGUGCAAGUUAAACCACCCUCCUCAGAAUUUGCUGAUGACUGCUAUAGCUGCAACGACAAGUAUGGGUAACCUAAGUCAGGUGCCUAUGGCUCCUUCUGCUGCAGCAAUGGCUGCUGCGCAGGCCAUUGUUGCCGCACAAGCCCUUCAAGCUCAUGCUUCUCAGAUGCAAGCACAGGCUCAAUCAAACAAGGGAUCUUUAGGUUCUCCAGAAAAAGGAGAGAAGGGGGAUUCAUUGAAGAAAUUUCUCCAAGUUAGCAACCUAAGUCCAUCGCUUACAACUGAACAACUUAGGCAGCUAUUUAGCUUCUGUGGCACAGUAGUUGACUGUAGUAUAACUGAUUCAAAGAACCUUGCCUACAUAGAAUACUCAAAUUCGGAAGAAGCAACAGCUGCUUUGGCAUUAAACAAUACGGAAGUCUUUGGUAGACCAUUGAAUGUUGAGAUUGCAAAAUCACUUCCUCAGAAACCAUCUUCAAAUAAUUCUUCGUCCUCACUACCAAUGAUGAUGCAACAGGCCGUCGCGAUGCAGCAGAUGCAAUUCCAACAGGCUAUACUAAUGCAACAAGCCGUGGCCACUCAGCAGGCAGCAAAUAGAGCUGCCACCAUGAAGUCUGCCACCGAGCUUGCAGCAGCUAGAGCUGCAGAGAUAAGUAGGAAACUGAGACCUGAUGGAGUUGGAAAUGAUGAAAAAGAAGCUCAUCGUAAGUCUAGGUCACCAUCUAACUCUCCUGUGAGGUCGAGAUCGAAGUCAAAGUCACCAAUU